AUGACUAGCUCUUGGCGUGUGGAUGCUAAGGAGCUGUAUUCCCUGGCAUUCAAGCAACUUCCCUACGACCUAGAAGAUGUUAAGCUAUCGCCUUGGGAGAAGCUAUUGGGUUUGAUAGGCGUUAUGGACUUUGAGUAUCAUACUGGCCAACUAUCCAAGUACUACUCACACGGAACCCUAGCUACACCUCUCAUUAAAGAGAUUGUUGGAAGCGACAUAAUUGACUUAUUCAAACUGCAAGGGGACCAGAUGUUUGACGUGAGCAUGUGGGUAUGGUGUGAUAUUUUGGACAGCAUGGCAACCUCCAAGCCUACCCGACUCAAGUACGAAUCGGAUCUCGAAAACGUCCCCUCAUAUGGCUCUGAGGAAGACAGUACGUGUCAAGACAGGGGGCUCGAAUGGCUGUAUGGCAUACCCAAUGCCUUCGCGGUCUUGUUGGCUCGUACGUCUGCAAUCAGAGAUGCGAAACUGCCGGAGCAAGAGAAGAUGUCCAAGGGCUCCGAGAUCGAGCAGCUAGUUUGGAACUGGCAGAUAAAUCCCUUGGGGACCAAGACCUCCCGCCUUCGAGUAGCACGAGUGGGAGCCCAAGAGAUUUGGCGUCAUACUGUCAUCUUGUACGUUCAUCAUGCAAUUUUCAAGUCUGAUUCAAACCACCCUAUAGUGAGAGAUUCGGUCAAGAACAUCAUGAAAAUUGCAUCGACACUUGAACCUGGUGGCAAUCCGGAUUCAUUUCUAUACAUUCCCUAUUUCAUUGCUGGCUUUUAUGCCGUAUCACAGAAAGAUAGGUAUGCUAUGAAAUCACGGUUGAUCGGUUGUGGAAAUGCGCUUUAUCUACGAAACCUGGCUCGUAAUCUGGAUGAGCUAUGGCAUGAGACCGAUUCUGCUGGGCAUUUAACCAGUUGGUCCCAGAAAAAGCCUCCACGGAUUGCGUUUUAG